AUGGCAAUUUUACACGAGUCCCAGAACGAAGCAGACCGCCUGCAAUUUCGACCGGUACAACUGCAACAGCCUAGCCCAGCUAAUCGUCAGCGACCCUGUACCUCGUACGGAGAACCUCCAGCCCAGCGUUUUGAUAGUCGUCCAAGUGAGUCUCUGGUCAAGCAAUGGCAGCCACCCCCCUCCCAGUGGCCUGUUGAGGUGACGAACCCACCUGAUCUCUGGCACUCGAUGGAUCGUCCGUGGGUACAAGAGCAGUUCCCUCAUAUGAACAUUGCAUGUCAACGGCCCGUGACUGGAAACCAACAACAAUCACAGCAAUCGACGCCAGCUACCGAAGUUCAAGACAUCGCGCCUAACCAAAUGAUCGCCUCUGCCUCAGAUUCCUUCUCCUCCUUGCUGAAUCACAUCCGUCAGCCAGAGGACGACGACCAGAGCAGACCAAACCAGUAA